AUUGUUGGGAAAUUGCUGGUCUCGAAUGCUGAAGACUACAGAAGCUGUUAUCGCAUGAAAGCACUUAGUUUUACGCAUGCCUCCCUGUCUGCUUGCAUGGUGGUUUAUAGCCACCCUGAUAGGAAUGAAGAAUCUUCAUUUUAAUUCUGAGUUACAAUCUUAAACUGAGUGCUUUACUAAGUUUGCUUCUUUGACUUUAAGCAUGAUGGGAUGACCUCCGUCGGCAUUUCGCUAUAUUAAACCAGGCAAAUAGGCUCCAUAGCAACCCAGAAAUUUGUUCUAAAAGAAUGCGGAUGGUCUUCAAUCUUCAUCUCACUCAUUCACUUAUUGGUGGCAGGUCAUGGGUUGGGUUGUAUGCUGGACAGAAAUUGGGGGAAGUUGGACCCAUACUGAACCAAUUUAUCUUUUAUUGAAUGAGACCAUCGACCAAAAAACAAAAGUUCCCAUGUUAUUUUGUCAAAUGCUUCAAGCCAAUGACGAUGAAGACCUUUAUAAGGAUUUGGAUGAGUAGCACCGGCUUAUUGUAUAGCAGUACAAACAGGAGCAAGCACAAAAAGCAAAAGUGGUUGGCUGGUUAUUAGAAAGAAUUAAAGGAAAGACAACAGGAGGUUGCCUACCGUGAUCGCACUCUCUCAACCGUUUCCCUGGAUGUUAUACUGCGAGUGUGUUGUUUUGAAAGGGUGAUGACAUGUACAUACGUGUACGGUACCCUGAACUCGUCACCACAGAUUCACGAAGAUUCAAAUCACUUUAUCUACAUUCUUCUUCACUUGUGUUAAACACGUGGCAACAGGAGAAGGAUUUUCAAUGCUGUUCAGAUAUUAUCCGACCAGUACCAGCAGAGGAGAGCUAUGAAAAUCUAACAAACAGUUUAAAUGGCAUCGUCUCCUCCGAGCAAUGAUUUUACCUUUGCCAAGAUGUCUUCUCGUUGAAGGGCAGCUACAACUCCGAUUCUAGGAACCAUGGAAUGUCAGAUUUUUUAGGUCAAGAUAAAUACUAAUUCCAGCGCUUCCCAUUUUCGUGACUGCACGUUCCCCCUUUAAUUGCAAUUUUUAUUUAUUUAAUUUAUUAAAUAAAAAUGACCUUUUUAUUAACUUUUAAAAAUCGUAUGCCAUGCCAUCUGAUGUCACUGAGCGUGCGUUUGCACGCGUUCGAAAGCCGCGUGAGGGUACCAACUCGGUCCUUGACAACCCUGCGAUUUAACAGUGAGCAAAACAUAAAUCCAAAGUGAACAACGCAUCUGGAAGAAAAAAAAAAAAAAAGUGAACACCACAACUUUAAAAGCUCAUCACCCCCACUUUCCCCCAGGGAAAGCCACAUCCCAUAAAACUCAGCCACACCAAACUCAAGAAACAGCCUCAGUUGAACAUGGCAUUGGUAUCUACAAAUUGCACACCGUUCAGUGGACUUCGCCGAUCAUGCUCCAAACUCGACAAAACACAUUCUCAAUCAUUUGUUCAACAAGUCAACUCUCAACUCCGUCUCUCCUCUUCUCGCAAACCUUGCAGAGCUGUUAUUGCCAUGGCGGGCUCUGGAAAGUUCUUUGUUGGGGGCAACUGGAAAUGUAAUGGAGCAAAAGAAUCCAUCACGAAGCUUGUUUCUGACUUGAACAGCGCAAAGUUGGAGAAAGAUGUUGAUGUUGUUGUGGCACCUCCCUUUGUUUAUCUCGAUCAGGUGAAGGCUUCAUUAACUGAUCGAAUUGAGGUAUCUGCUCAGAACUCUUGGAUUGGAAAAGGUGGGGCUUUCACAGGAGAAAUCAGUGUGGAACAAUUGAAAGAUAUUGGCUGCAAGUGGGUCGUUCUUGGGCAUUCUGAACGCAGGCAUAUUAUUGGUGAAGAUGAUCAGUUUAUAGGAAAGAAGGCUGCUUAUGCUUUGAACGAAGGUCUUGGAGUAAUAGCUUGUAUUGGCGAAUUAUUAGAAGAAAGAGAAUCAGGCAAAACUUUUGAUGUUUGUUUCCGGCAACUGAAGGCUUUUGCUGAUGUUGUGCCCGGUUGGGACAAUAUAGUUAUUGCUUAUGAGCCUGUAUGGGCCAUUGGGACUGGUAAGGUGGCUACACCCCAGCAAGCUCAGGAAGUACAUGUAGCCGUCCGCGAUUGGCUAAAAAAGAAUGUUUCUGAGGAAGUUGCAUCUAAAACACGUGUCAUAUAUGGAGGGUCUGUGAAUGGAAGCAACUGUGUUGAGCUUGCAAAGCAAGAAGAUAUUGAUGGGUUUCUUGUUGGUGGUGCUUCCUUGAAGGGGCCCGAGUUCGCUACAAUUGUCAACUCUGUAACAUCCAAAAAGGUUGCUGCUUAAAUAUAUGAAGCGGAUUAAAGUAACAAAUAAAGGGCAAAGAGGCAAAGAGAAGCUAUUUCAGGUUGAAGCUUCAUAUUACCUGUGAGUUAGUGUUAUCCAAUGGAGUUUUGAUUACUUAUUUUCUUUUUCCCCAAAAUGAUUGGAAAAAUCUGUUGUUUCUUUCUCAUGUACUAUUUGUUAAAUUUCUUUAAAAUGCUAUGGGCACCAUACAUAAUUCACCGACAUUGGGAGAGUGCAUAGGGUUGACCGUUUGGCACUCCAAAUGCUCACUGCUACAUUCUCAUUUGCUCGUGUGGUUGUUGGAAAUUCUGGAUGGAACCAAGGAAGAUACCUGUUUUCCUAGUAUCUAGAACAUAUGAUAGUUUUCAUCAUUCAAUUUUUGAUUCCGUGAUUUUAGAUGUAUUCCACAUUUGAGUUUAUGCAAAUACUCGGAAGGACGAUACCUGUUGACUACCGCCCAAGGCAGCUGCUUUUUGAUGUCUAUUCAAACAUCAUUCGACAUACAUAUGAGCUCUAUAGCCUCCACAUUGGAGAGCCAAUGGUUCCAGCUGGGUGCCUUAUAUGGCAUGAGAUAAGUUAUCUUUUAGAAGUUUCUCAAAAAAAAAAAAAAAAAA